CAGCAGCCAUUCAAAUGUUGUAGGUUUCCAUAACUACAGCACCAAGAAACAUCCUGCUGGGAUCAGCUCUCCUACUGUACAGGUUAAGCCAAUGAAAGAAACUUUCUAAUUGUUAUACAUACAGGCUCAAAUUUAGCAUAGUUGUCAAAUACGCUUUUCAGCAAGCCAACCACGCAGUGAACUUCCUUCUGGAAAUGGAAAGGGAAAGGUUUCCAUUACACUAAACAACUAAAGCACAAGGUACCAACAGUUGUCACCAAUGGCAACCAAAGAGUGCAAACAGUCGUGGGAUCCAUAUGAAACAUCUCAUGGAAGGCAUUUUGUCUACCGGCCAAAUUUAGAUGCAGAUAUUCAGCUGUGCCCAAAGUCAACUUCAUUUAUAGACUCGUAUUCACAGUCUGGACCUUUUGGUUCAACUGUGUACAAUAAGGAUUUUUGCUGGAAGCCAGUCUGUAAACCUGAAUGCCUUCGCACAGGAACAGCCUCAGGGCAGAGGAGAAACAAUCCACAUCCCAGUCAGUCUUUCAUGAUGUGGAGGCUGCCUAGGGACGCCGCACAAAGCUCUGUCAGCUUUUCUUGGAAAUGUCCCCCAUCUGAGGGGGAGAUGCGUAAGGCCUUGACAGCACAGUACCGCUCCACCUACAGAUGUGAUUUCAUGGAAAGAAGACUUGUGCCUGUGCACAGCAGGCAUGAAGUGCCUCUCCCUUUUGACACAGCGAUGAGGGACAACUACCACCAGCCAAAGCAAAAACCUGAACUGCUGUGCAACAACACAGAUCCUAAUGUGGCCUGUUGUGGUAUAGUUCCAACUGUUGUGCAAAGGCAUGUCCACACUCAGCAGAAAAGAUCAGAUUUGACAAACUAUGACAGGUUUUGUGGAAAGAAUGUCCCAAAUGCCGCAUGUGUGAUAAAGUCUCUGCUACCCCCGGAGCUGCAGCAGUUACACAGAAUUUUACCUGAGGAGGAAAGGGCGGCUGUAAAAACAAUUUUGAGUAAAGAUGCAUAUCCGAACAACAGGGAGAAAGUGAAUAAACUUCCAGCCAUACUUAAUUCUUGCUCACCAGAGUGGAUAUCAAGCUGGCCAGGACCUCCCUGAACCUUAUUGCUUAUUUUAGUAGCUUGUUUAUCUUGCUUGAUUGAGAGGUAAAACAAUGUAAUAAAUUAUAUAGCAUAAUAUAUAUAGCAAAUUCAUUUGCUAUGUUUUUUUGUGUGGAACUUGUGUGUUGUGAUAUCUGCCUGAUGAAAAGAUAUUUAUCUGCCUUUAUGUUUCAUCAAGCCGUUAUUGU